CUGUGAUUCUUUCCUGCGCUGCAGCUAACGGCUGUUCAAACAUUGGCGAGCUUUCUCCUCUACGCUUUUCACUAAGAAUGUCAGCCGCUGGCAUGUUUCUGUGUCUAAUUUUUGUUUAAAGUCUGCCGGCUGAGGCUGAAUUCUCUAUGGGUCUGAGCUCGGUUUUCAAGGAGACAGCAUAGGUAUUUCACAGUGUGAGUAAAGUCAACAUCUGAGUCUUCUGCGCUCCGCGCUCGCCUUCAAUCAUUCUCGCGCUGCGCGGUCACGGAAAUAUCAGCCGUCCGCAAUCUCCUCAUAGCAUAUCUGCUUAGUUGUAAUGGGCACGCUUUUAUUCCGUGAAUGGACCCCGAAAUAGACAAGUUCUCUCGAUUAAGUACGCAGCGGAUAUUCUGUUUGUUUUGACGCGUCUUUUUCAGUUCAUUGACUGUUUAUACUUGCUGGUACUGAGACUUUAAACUUGUGUGUGGACUGCAAGGUGAUCAGGCAAGAAUGAUGGAUAAAGACGCGCUGGCUAUAAUGUUUAUUUUCUUAAACGUGGUUCUCAUCCAUACGGAUGCGUUCAGAGGAGAGACUGGAGAGAGACGGGCGAGAUCUGAUGGUUUCUGUCGGAUCUUACGGACGCAAACGCGGGGCGCGCGGAGAGACGGACAAAACGAGUUUCGCCUCAGAGUUGAAGGAGACCCGGAAACUUACCAACCCGGGAGCACUUACAGAGUGAGUUUGUAUGCUUCCAGCCCAUCUUACUUUCGUGGCUUCACCCUCAUCGCUCUGAAGGAAGGCAGGGAGGGCGUCACUCCUGACGAUUAUGCUGGCACAUUCAAGAUUAUAGAUGAAAGUGACACUCAGUUCAUGACCAACUGUCCCCCAGCUGUCACGGAGAGCAUUCCCAGAAGACGUACACGGAUCCAGGUGUUCUGGACAGCGCCACCUUCUGGCAGUGGCUGUGUCACUCUCAAGGCCAGUGUUGUGCAAAGAAGAAUCAUUUUAUUUCAAGAUGAAGGCUCCCUUACCAAGAGGAUGUGUGAGAAAGAUCUGGAGGCGACUACUGAAAGACAUAUUCAGGAGUGCUGUGCAUGUGGAACUGCCAAGUAUAGAGUCACUUUCUACGGAAACUGGUCUGAGAAAGUUCUUCCAAAGGACUAUCCAAGACGUGCUAAUCAUUGGUCGGCUCUCAUUGGUGCGUCUCACACUAGGAGCUACGUGUUAUGGGAGUACGGAGGUUUUGCUAGUGAAGGUGUUAAACAGGUAGCUGAGUAUGGGUCACCUGUCAAAAUGGAGGAAGAGAUUCGACAAAAGGGUGAUGAAGUUAUGACAGUUAUCAAAACCAAAGCCCAGUGGCCUGCCUGGCAGCCUCUUAAUGUGCGAGCUGCACCCUCAGCGGAGUUUUCAGUGGAUCGAAUCCGUCAUCUCAUGUCGUUCCUUACCAUGCUAGGCCCCAGCCCUGACUGGAAUGUUGGUCUGUCUGGAGAGGACCUCUGCACCAAAGACUGUGGCUGGGUCCAGAAAUUGGUGAAGGACCUGGUGCCAUGGGAUGCCGGUACUGACAGUGGAGUCACUUAUGAGUCUCCAAAUAAACCUAGUAAUCCCCAGGAGAGGAUUCGGCCCCUCACCAGUUUGGAUCACCCACAGAGCCCCUUUUACGACCCAUCUGGCGGCCCCAUGGUUCCUUUGGCUCGAGUGGUCGUGGAGAGGAUUGCUAGAAAGGGAGAGCAGUGUAAUACCGUCCCAGAUACCAUAGAUGAUAUCGUCGCUGAUAUCGCUCAGGAGGAGAAGGAGGAAGGAGACAACACUCCAGAGACCUGCAUCUACUCAAACUGGUCUCCAUGGUCAGCCUGUAGCUCCUCCACCUGCGAUAAGGGACGGAGGAUGAGGCAGAGGAUGCUAAAAGCACAGCUGGACCCCAACAUGGCCUGCCUGCACACUCAGGACUUUGAGCCCUGCAUGGGGCCCGGCUGCAGUGAGGAAGAGGCGUCAACAUGUAUGAUGUCAGAGUGGAUCAGCUGGUCUCCAUGCACUGCCUCAUGUGGCAUGGGCAUGAGGUCGAGAGAGAGAUAUGUCAAACAGUUCCCAGAGGAUGGCUCGAGCUGUACACUGCCAACCGAGGAAACUGAGAAGUGUGUGGUCAACGAGGAGUGUUCGGCCAGUAGCUGUGUGGUGACCGAGUGGGGUGAGUGGGAAUCGUGCAGUGUGAGCUGUGGAGUGGGGAUGAGGAGGAGAGACCGUAUGAUGAAGAUGGAAGCUUCAGAUGGCUCACACUGCCGAGCACAGCUGGUUGAUGCAGAGAAAUGCAUGAUGCCUGAGUGCAAUGCAGUGGUGUGUAUGCUGUCUCCAUGGUCAGACUGGGGAGAGUGCAGCGUGUCUUGUGGUAUUGGCAUGCGUUCCCGUCAGCGCAUGCUGAAGACGCCCAUAGAUCCCAGCCUGUGCCCAGAUGAGCUCGAGCAGGUUGAAAAGUGCAUGCUUCCCGAGUGCCCUACGGACUGCAUGCUGUCAGAGUGGUCAGUGUGGUCUGAGUGUAAUAAGUCUUGCGGGAAAGGUCACAUGAUUCGCUCACGGAUGGUCAAGCUAGAGCCUCAGUUUGGAGGCAUGCCCUGUCCGGAGACCGUUCAGAGAAAGAAAUGCAAGAUCCGCAAGUGCUCCAGAGGCUCCCGCGUCAGCGACAAGAAAAAGAGACAGGAGGCUUCAGAAAAGCGGAGGGGGAAACAGAGCAGAGAAUCUGUGCCAGAUGAGAAAUCAGGCUGUCCGAUACGCCCGUGGUCCAGCUGGACAGAAUGUACCAAGCUAUGCAGUGGGGGUAUGCAGGAGCGUGUGAUGGUCGUGAAGAAGAAAGGAAAAGGAUCACAGCCCAACAACUGCAAAAACAGGACGGAAAAUCGCGCUUGCAACGUGCACCCGUGCUAAAAGUGACUCUGUAUCACUGUAAUACACACACACCCCAACAUACACACACACUCAGCCCAUAAAGAGGCUGAAUAUGGCAGAACCAAUGUAGCAGGGCUGGUGAGGGUGUGUUCCACAGUUACAGCUUGUAGGAAUUUAGAGUAACACACAAGUGGACCAGGCCUGUUAUCUGUGAUUAGUUUUAGUUGCCUUCUUAGCAGGCAUAUAUACUGUAUUAAUGUAUAACCAACAACUUCACAAGCAUACACUAAACAAUAAUUACAUUUGCCUUUCAUUCAUUAUAUUUGCAACCCAUCUUUGGGUUUAGCGAGCUCAGAGGAUUUGCAAUAUACAGGUGAAACUCGAAAAAUUAGAAUAUUGUGCAAAAGUUCAUUAAU